AUGAUUCCGAUCCUAUUGCUGCUUUGUGCCCAAGGUGCCUAUGCCACCCGGACGUGUGGAUACGACUACUAUGGACGCUAUCGAUGCUCUGGACUGUCGAAUGCUGCACGACUUGGAAUCGGCAUUGGUAUCGCCGCACUCACUAUGCUCGCCUUUGCCCUGAUUAUCACCAUGCGUCGACGACGACUCCAACAGGCCAACGCGGCCUACAUCCACAAUUCUAACCAAGCCCACUUUCAUCCACAGCCCCAGUACCAACAAUACCCACCGCAGCAGUACCCCACACAGCCUUCCUACGACCAGCCGAACCAGUGGAACAACAACAACCCAUACAAUAAUCAACAAGGCGGAUGGAACUCGGGAGCACCAAUCGGCAACUAUUAUCCCGACAAUCAAUCGCAGCAAUAUGCUCCCCCACCUGGCGCACCCCCAAGUUACGCCCCUCCAGUUCACCCACCUCCAACCAAGGAGCACGUGUAG